AUGGACGCACUCUCGCCGGAAGCAAGGGAGGAAUACCAGAGCUUUGUCAACGUGGUGUAUGCGUUUCUGUCGUACAAGAGCGAUGCAUCCAUCGACGCGCAACGCAUAUACAGGUCUAUGCAGCUGCUGUCUGCUGACGACAAGGCGCUGCUCAUCGAGCAGCCCGCUGUCCGUGUGAUGAAGAUCAUACAUGCACUCAUCGCAAAUCAGAAUUUCAUAAACGCCAUCUUGAGCUGCUUGUGUGGACGCAAUAUAAGCGAAGAAGCGGACAACUAUGAUCCCAUGGCGCCAGAUCCAUCCCCCAAAACGCGGGAGGAUGGCGAUGCCGAUACGGAUCCUCUGAUAGACAAACUAAGGCUGAUCGUCAGGAAUGCGCCGUUCUGGCAGAUUCCUAAGGAAGUCGAGGACUCGGAAAUUGUGCCUACGCAAGACCACGAAGCCCUGUCGAGGAACAUAAACUGGGUCAGAACAAUGCUGCGACAAUUUGUACGCGACUGGUCGGAGGAGGGCGCCAUGGAGCGCGAGCAAACGUUUACACCACUGCUGGAAAGCCUGCAGCGUCAUGUUCCCAUCGAGGACCCGGAAAAGCCACCCAGGGUUCUGUGCCCGGGAUCUGGAUUGGGACGGCUGCCAUACGAGGUAGUGCGGCUUGGUUACGACAGCCAGGGGAACGAAUUCUCGUUGUUCAUGCUUAUAGGGUCGUAUUUUGCAACCAAUUUUAUGAAAAAGAGGAACUGCUUCAAGUUGUACCCUUACUGCCUCUCAACCAGCAACCGGGUCAACCACGAGGACCAAAUGUUCACUUGCCACCUACCAGACGUAGCUCCGGCAGAACACGGAGUGAAAAGUGAUUUCAGCAUGUGCACGGGGGAUUUCACGGAAGUAUACGCAACUGUGGAGACGCCCUUCGAUGCAGUCUUAACGUGCUUCUUCCUCGACACGGCCAAAAAUGCGAUUACGUACAUACGCACAUGCGCAGGGGUGCUGCGCCGUGGAGGGCUGUGGGCCAACAUAGGCCCGCUAUUGUACCAUUAUGCGGACUUCAACCACAACUCCGUCGAAUACUCAUGGGAGGAGCUUAGGCAUAUCAUUUCCAUUUGGUUCGAUAUCGUGCGCGAGGAGUGGAGGGAUGCCAACUACACGUCGAACAAACGCAGCAUGAUGAGGACGCAGUACAGGUGUAUAUACUUCGAAGCGAUACGCAACGACGUGGAGGUAUAUGGAAAAUCGGAGCAAUUCUAG